AUGAACAGCUCAGCUGCAAAGGUUGGAGAAAUUUUUACUGAAGCUGGUGCUGCUUUUAAUAGACUUGCAGAAAUGACAAUGAUGUUACAUCCUAUUGCAGAGCCGUCUCCCAAUGUUCAUUCUAAGACACCUGUAAAAAGGAAAGUCCCAGAUGAGCGUAAUUUAACAAAUGCACCAGCAGGCCAGCAAGUUACCCUUAAUAUGCUCAAUGCCCAAGAGACAGAAAUGGAUGUGGAAGACAUAGGUGGAGAUGUAAAAUUAGAAUUUGAGUCAAGUACAGAAGAGAUUGCUACUUAA